GGGCUCUGUGAGGCAGCACCUGCUGCUGUAGCAACCGUCUCCAUGGAGAGACAGACGCAGACAUGAGCCGGUCUGGAGCCAGGAGCAGCGCAGGCUCCAGGGCGGGGGGCAGGAUCCCUGGGCUCUGCUGACCUCAGUGGAGCCAGCGGCUCAGGGCAGCGCCUGUCACUGGGCACCGACAGCCUGGGCACGUGCCCCAAGCCCUGCACGCAGGAGCAGGGAGCGUCUCAGAGAGGGAGCAGGGUGAGCUAGUGCCAGCCCCGCAUCCCCACUGCUGCCACCGCAGGUGAGCCCCAUGGACCCAGGCAAGCUGGCGUACCCUGUCCCUGCUCGUCUGGAUCAGACCCACAGGCCCAGCCAGCCCAGCAUGUCCUUCCACACUGUUCCCCCCCGUCAGCCUGGCUGGUCUCCCCCCCAGCUCUGUAUCAGACCUCUGCUCCCUGAUACGAUGCCAGCUUGUUCCUGGCAGGGGCAAGGAGCAAGCAAGAGCCCCAGUGCCCCCUGCAGCAGUAAGUGCUGACCUAGCUCUCCCUCCCUCUCUCUCUGCAGUGCUGCCAUGGGGCCCCCGGCAGAGCUGUUGCGGGGCCGUGCUGGCCCAGAGGCCUGGCGCAAGGCAGCCAAGGCCACGGUACAGGCAGCGCAGGAUCUGCACAAGGGCUGCGCUCAGGAGGCCUUGUCCCUGUGGCGCCCACCAGGCCAGCCCAAGGAGCUGCCCCAUGAGCGCUGGGCACGGCUCCAGAGCUGGCACUUCAAGCUGGAUGUGACAGAUACUGGUGAGACCUUGGAGAAGCCGCCCGAGGGGCCAGGUGUGACACUGUGGAAGAGCAAGACCAAACCGCCCCCGUGGGUUAGCCAGCUGCCCCUGCCCUGCUUCCGGGACUUCUGCACCAGCACCAGCAACCGCCUGGCCCACCGCUACUGCAGCACCGUGAGGCUGAUGGUGAGCCGGCUGCGCCAGGCUCUCAGUGAGGUCAGCCAGCAGGCCAAGCACCUGGUGAUGGAGCGCAAGCAUCUCGACACCGUGCUGGCCAAGGUCCGCACCGCCCUGCUCACCAACCGGCAGAGCGCGACUGUGCGUGGGUACCGCCCGCAGACCGAGCAGGCCCCAGACCAGGUAGAUGCCCUGCUGCAGUGGGAGCGCAAGGAGCUGCAGAAGCUGAAGGUCAGGCUGGAGGGGGAUAUGGCCAUGUCAGAGAAACACCUCCAGGCACUGGGCAAGUGCCAGCACUCCCUGGGGGAGCUCUGUGAGGAACGGGGCCGCGUGCUGGAGCUGAUGGGGCAGCCACUGCACAGGGUGCUACUGGAGUCUGGGCGUGACUCAUGGCUCAGCCUGACCCGGCCCUCGUCCCCCAAUGUGGAUAGGAACCCCACGCCGGAGCCCAACCCAGUAGGGCCCUACACACCAGAGUGUGCUGCAGCUAUCGAGGAGGCACGGCACCUCACAGUACAAUCCAAGAAGGUGCUGACGGUGCUGAAAGAGGACACGGUCCAGGCCACAGCCACUCUCCGAGAGGCCCAGGCAGCCAUUGACGGCAGCCUGCAACGUAAGAUGAAUGAGACUAUGGCCCUCAAGGAGCGUCUCUAUAUGGUGAUGGGGGGCAUGCGCAGCACCUUGAAUCGCUGCCAGCGCUUCCACGAUGAGAUGGGCAUCACCCAUGGCAUAACCAUGGGCCCUGAGUCCAGCAAGUACCAGGAGACGCGAGAGAAGCUGACCCGGCCCAUAGUGCGAGUGUAUCAGCGACAUGUGGGCACCCAGCUGCCAGAGGCCAACAUCCUCACACAGGGCAGCACACUGCUAGAGUCCUCCAUGCAGAACACGGCCAGGAACGUGGAGCGCAUGCAGCACACCAAGAAGCACCUGCGCUCCUGCAUCCACGACAAGCAGAUGGGCUUUGAUGUGGAUGCCAGCAUCCAGCGCCUCCGCCGGCGCCGCAUGCAUCCACGCAGCAACAUGGACGAGGCCAGUCAGCUGACCUGCUCCUAGGGGCACCCUGCCCCAAGAGCUACAAUAUUAUACAAAUAAAGCGCUGAGAGCCUUUAGUGCCAGCCCCAGCACCAUUACUCGCCUGGGGGUUGGGAUGAGGGUGUCUGUGCGUGUGUGCACAAGGUCAGGGAGACUUGAAUAAGCUGGGAGUUGGGGAACAAGUGGUCCCUAAGCAAGGUGCUGUCUCUUGUGAGCAAGCCAUUGGAUUCAGGCAUCAGGAGGCAGUGCCUUCACCCUAAUUCAGGGCCUUCUCCAUUCCCACAGUCCACAGGCCCAUGCUUGUGGGCAGGACUCUGUGCUAGAGCCAGCAGAGCUGAGGACACUGCUCUGCCCUUAGCACUGGGCCAGGCCCUCACGGACUGGGGAUGCCAGCAUGGUGCGGGGUGAUGGGGAGCAGUGCCAUGGGGACUUCACGGGACAGACAGCCCCCUCCUCAGCUCUCAGUCAUUUACUGCCACAGCCAAGCCCAAGUCCACUUCUUGUUAAAUAUCAAAGGCCCACAGCUCUGGGUAUCCCAUGAGCACAAGGAGCUCUCAGGACAGUCUACAGCUUGGCAAACAUUUUACAGCCAGCCAAGGAGAGAAGAUAAAUGCAGGUAGAUACACAUCAAAAGGGACACAGCAUGUAUUCCAGGGAUCAAUAUCAGAUCACAAUAUUUCAAUUGGCACAUCCACGUGCCCCUUCCCCACCACUGGAGGCACAGCUGACGUACCAGCCUUAGUCCCACCCUUGCCCCGUACAGGUCUCUAGGUCAGGAGCCGCGUUUGUAGUCUGAGUCUGGCUGCGUGUCUCUCUCCUUAUCCCAGCUGGCUCCUUUCUCCUGCCCCUUUGUCUCACCUUGUGGCCAGCAGCUUGUUUUGAGGAUUCCCAGCCGGCUCUCUUCCUGCUUCUCACCGCCUCUUGCUGACGUGAAGGAGAAAUGUAAGUGGUUAUAGAUUCACAGCCACGUGGUGUACAGUGCGCUGGAUGUCACUUCCUGCCCUGACAUCACCACCAAACAAGUUCCUUAUCACAGAGUACAGUCCGCCCAUCUGGCCUCAACCGGCUGCGAUCUCCCAAGUGCAGGGCACUCCCUGCACCCUGCAGCUGAGCAGCCCCUGCUCUCCCUAGAAAGGACUGGGCUGCACAACCGUCUCCUCAUCCUCG